AUGGGCCUCGCUCGUUCUUUUGUCGCAUUGGCGACUUCCACAUUCAUUCUUCAAGCACAAGCUGGACCUCAUCCACGCCACUUCAAGCAUCAGGCGGUCAAGAUUGAGCGCAGACAAGAUGGUCCGCCGAUCGAAGCACCAACAACACAGGCAGAACCAGCGGUUACUACAUCCAAUGCAGUACUUACCUACAUUACGCCAUCUCCUGGAGCCACGCCGAUACCGAUCACAGAGCAAAGCCAGCUCGUGACUUCUUUCGUUCCACAGUUCACCAUCUGCGACCUUCCUCCCCAGGCCGUCUUCCCAGUCACACCGUUACCGCAGACAACGAUUACAGCACCCUACAGAAACUACUCCAUCUCGAUUCCUACUGGAACUGGCACGUGCGAGACUAUCUACAGCCCGACAAACACUAUGGUCUGCGCGACCACCCUGACUGGGCUGGUCUCGCAAUACACCGUCAGCGCAUGUGAUCAGGAUAUUACGUUCUCCACUGAAUAUGGCUAUGUCUUGGCCAGACCAACUGUGAACGCAACGGUAUCUGCUGGCCUAGCAGCAAGCGCAAGUGCUGCCAUCACACCGGCACCAACAAUCCAAACGCUCACCACGUAUCUGGUGGCUCCAUGGGAAGCGGUCACAGCUGGACUUGCACCUGAAGAAGUCCGACUAAAGGUGUGCGCCAAGUACGCCAACGGUACCAACGAGUGUAUUGAGCAAUACGAAGUCUGGCAUACUUCGCUUCUCACGGAGACUGCCACAACUACGACGUCGGUUAACAUAUCGACUACAAUCCACGGAAAUGCGCAAGUCAUCGUUGCUACCUACGCCGCGAACAUCACUGAAGCAGUCAGCACCUUCAGGAUGACUACAGACAUGGAGCUGGAAUACAAGACCGAACUUGAGACGACUGAGCGUGAGAAGGUGACACCAACCACAGCGCCUACGAGCUACAUUACCAUGACGCUUGAAAAUGCCACUCCAACGAGUUCUGACGCUAUUACCACGAUAAGAUCAACCAUCCGCCGUACCAGCACCACUACUGUUUAUGUCGGCACAUCCACAGCUACUCUUCCUGACGUUGCUGCUCCGGCUACCACUGCGCCGCCUGGGGACGAUGGCGCUCUUCCCACUCCAACGGAUUCCGUCGAUUGGGUGAGCAUGCUCGGGAUUGAGACUGCUCGUUGA